UCGUUCCAAGUGCCAGCCGUGGAUAAUGUUAUCAAAACAAAAAACAUGAAAUCCGAAAUUUUAGCUGCCGUUUUCUUAGGAUUGGCAGUCAGAUCAAUUAUAUCCUUGCAUUCCUACUCUGGGCAAAAUUCCCCGCCCAUGUAUGGCGACUAUGAAGCCCAGCGGCACUGGCAGGAAGUUACCGUCAAUCUGGAUGUCGGCGAAUGGUACACAAACAGCUCCAACAAUGACUUAUUGUACUGGGGCUUGGACUAUCCUCCGCUGACAGCUUACCAUAGCUAUUUAAUGGGUCAAAUUGGCAAAGCCAUCGAUCCCGAAUUCGUCGAUCUGCACAAAAGCAGGGGCUUUCAGUCCCCUGAGCACAAACGCUUCAUGCGAUCAACAGUUGUCUUUGCUGACGUCCUCAUUUAUUUGCCGGCAAUUUUGUUCGUGUGCCUCAGCUUGGACAAAGUCUUUCAGGGCCAGGAUACACUGUUCCUGCUGACGUUAGCCAUUACUUAUCCAGGACAAUUUCUGAUUGACAAUGGUCACUUUCAGUACAAUAACAUAUCCCUUGGCUUGGCAGCCUUAGCUGUGGGAGGAAUCUUGCGGGGCAAAUACUACAUGGCAUCUUUUUGUUUCACGUUGGCUCUCAACUAUAAACAAAUGGAGCUAUAUCACAGCUUGCCAUUCUUUGCAUUCCUCCUGGGAGAAUGUGUUGGACAGAAAUCUUUUGGUGCUUUUGCAUCUAAACUUUCACGAAUAGCGGCGAUAGUACUAACUACUUUUGCUGUGUUAUGGUCACCAUGGCUAGGAUCUUCUAAAGCAGCACUAGGGGUAUUGCAACGCCUUUUCCCUGUUGCACGAGGAGUAUUCGAGGACAAGGUGGCGAACGUUUGGUGUGCCGUAAACGUGGUUUGGAAGCUGAGGGAGCACUUAAACAAUGAACAAAUGGCUCUGAUAUGCAUUGGAUGCACUCUAUUUGCGGCUCUGCCCACGAAUAUCGCAGUCUUUAGAAAUCGGAGCCAACUGGGAUUUUUGUUAGCCCUUUUCAACACAUCUCUGGCCUUCUUUUUGUUUUCAUUUCAAGUCCACGAAAAAACCAUUUUACUGGCAGCAUUACCAUCAUUAUUUUUACUAAAAUGGUGGCCCAACGAAAUGCUUCUCUUUCUGGAGGUCUCCGUUUUCAGCAUGUUGCCUCUUCUGACAAAGGAUAACUUAUUACUGCCGGCCUUAGCAUCUACUGUAGCAUUUCACCUAGUAUUUAAAUGUUUCACAUCACAAACGACUUCCAACCGUGAUAGAAUACUGAAGAAUAUUGCAAAUAUUUCAAACAUAGUCAUGGUUUUAAUAGUGGGAGCUUCGUUAACAAUAGCUCCCCCUUUGCGAUUUCCUGAUCUAUGGCCUUUGAUAAUAUCGGUUACUAGUUGUGCCCACUUUGUGUUAUUUUUUCUGUGGGGAAACUACCAACAAUUUACUUGUAAAAUAAGUUUGCAAAAAAAUUAAGCUUUUAAAUAAAAAUUCCUGUAAAUAUAGCAAAUAUA